GUCGGAAACAUGCAGGCAGAGACUUCUCAGCAUCGAUGCAUCUGCACGCUCCAGACUUGAAAUCUGUUCAGUUCUUGUCUCGACAGCAGCAGAGCGGUGCUCUCAGCAUCUCCCUUGCCAGCAGCCCUAGGAGGCAUGAGGGAGAAGACAGUGACACGCUGCGGAGUGGCCCCAGCAGGAUGUCCCAGGUCACCAAGGACAUGGCAACAAGGAUGCUUCACAUGACUCAGUUUCUGAGGAAGCAGGGCCCCAUCACGAGCAAGGAGCAGCUGGUCGCCUGUGCCAGGCACAUGGCCUCUGACGGGCAGGUGUUUGUCAGAUUUGGCCGCCUCGUUGCGAAGAACUGCCCGGACAAGAGCUGCUCCUCGGAGCUGCUGCGCGCCGCAGAGCAGACGCACACCAUCAGCAGCCAGCUCGGCAUGGUGGCCAGGGUAAAAGCAGUCACUGCAGAGAGCAGGUCUGCUUCGGAGCUGCUCGUGAGCAACGCGCAGAACCUCCUGCAGGCCAUUUUGCACGUUCUGAGGGCAGCCGAGGCAGCAUGCAUCAAGGGCUUGCACCAGCCCCCACCUGACUCUGAAGAAGGGGCAGUAGCUGCUUUUUGUAUUCAGUGGAGAAAAAACCUGUUGCGGCAUAGAGCCGAGGAGUGUUUCAACUCAGAGAGGGACGAACUAGGCCUCCGCAAGACUCAGGCAAGGGCUGAGCCUACCCUCACAGCUAUGGUACAAGGACAACCACCCCUGACCAAGAACAACCCCGGGAGUCUGAACCCUGUUCAAGGCCACGCACUUAGGGGCCGUCACCCCGAAAAGCAGGAAGGGAUGUGUGCUGCGGAUGAGCUGCAUCGCCGGCUGGCCUCGGCAGAAAGAGCACAGCCAGUGCUGGACUCACCCAGCUCCCGGCCCUUCUGCUAGCGCUGCGCUCGUAGGACUGAAAGCACAAGGCCUGGAGAGGCUGUUGUGUGCUGGCUGCUCUGCCUAUGGCAAACUCCACCUUGCAGACACUGCAUCCUUUUGGCCACUGUAUGGCAAGAGGAAUAAAACGAUGCCACACGCUGCUGUUAUUUCCUAAGAGGCCUCUCCUCCAGCUGGUGUCUGAAGUUGGGUAACACAAUGUGCUACUGAGCCACAGAGGACAAGGGAGCUGGGGAAGAGCCAUCAGAGGAGCUUUGUGCAGGGACAGGGAAACCAGAGGGUUUCCUGUUGAGGAGAACGUCAGCAUUCACGGAUCUUUGUUACGUGGCAUGUGAGCCAUUCUAAAACCCUAAACCAGUGGCCACCGACAGGCCACCCGGGAAUCCCAUUCUUUAUAUUCACAUCCUGCUCACUCCCUGCGGGCGUGAGAUGGCUGGGGCUCUUACCUAGUCAGCCAGGCUUUUGGGGCCAGGGCCAGGGGGAACAUUAUAGAAGGAAAACAUCGUUGGAUGAGGUACCUUUAUUACAUUUCUUUCAGUAACUGCCAGUCUGCUGUGUUUUCCAGCACCUGAGAUGAACAGAAGGAUGUAGGAACAUACCUGUAGCAGCACCAGCAAAUCCGGCUGGGAGGAAGGAUCGAGGGGUUCUCUAAAUGCCUGUUUUGCUCAUCCCCUGCACAAGAAAGCUUCAGAGCUGCGAGGCCUUUUGCAGCACCCUGAUCUUUAGCACACUAUCGAAUUCCUCUUCAACUAGCGCUGUUGUGUAAUUCUAACAGACACCAUCCUAUCAAGGGCGGCUGAAGGGGAUUUGCAACAACCAUCACCUCUUCUUCUAGGGGGUAACAA